CAGUCGUACACGUAGAUUGAACUUUUACGGAAUAAUCAUGUUUUAAACAUAAUUCAAUGCUUCAGCGCCAUCCGCCUUAGCUAUAAUGGCUGCAGCAGGAUUUCUCUAUAAUGUUGUGACAGUUUUUAUACUUUUUCAUGCAUUUUUGAACACAAGUUCAGCCGAUGAUGAUCCAACAACUUGGCCAGGACACAUGGAACCACUAGGUUCCAAACAGCCAAAAAUAUCGUUAGAAACUGUUGACCAUUGGCCUUCUCCACAAGAGUUUUUCAGCAAAUAUGUUAGUCCAAUCAAACCACUUUUUAUAAAAGGAGGAGCCAAGCUUUCGCCAGCGUUUGGUAAAUGGACAGACGAAUAUUUUAUGUCCAAACCUGAAUCAAAAUCAGCAACGAUUUUUGCCGAACAAGGAAAAAAAGAAAAUCGUACAAAUCCUGGCCAAGAUGUAAGUUUCUAUGACUUUGUAAGAACUUAUAAAGAAAAAGACAUCUACAUGGUGAACGGUGUAAUACCCUUCCUGCAGAAAGAUGUAAUUCUCCCACCACCACUAUUAUGUGAUGAUGUUACAGAGGAUAUGUUGGUCGAUACUGUCAUGUGGUUUAGUAGUGGUGGUACAAAGUCUGUUUUACAUAACGAUGAUGUCGAUAAUAUCAACUGUUUAUUCAGUGGCACAAAGGAGCUGUUAUUUAUUGAUUACAAGAAAUAUAAUAAAAAGGUGAAAAUUGAUCACCGUGUAGGAGGAUAUUCAGGAGUGGACGUAGAUAAAGUUGACUUUACUAAGUAUCCUGGCCUUCGAGAUGUUACUUAUUACAAUGUUACCAUGGAAACAGGAGACUGCCUAUUUAUACCUUAUAAAUGGUUUCAUCAAGUACGGUCUUAUGAUCGUAACAUUGCUGUAAAUGUAUGGUGGAAACAUGUUUCUAAUUUUGUACCAAGUCAAUGUAGUCAAACCAAGACCAAAGAUUUUCCUACUCUAGAUAAAUUUCAAUUUUCAGCCUUAUCUGCCAAUGGUGAUUCAUACUCUCAACAAAAUGAGGAACGUGGUCCAGAAGAUCUCAUAGAGUACUUUUCAAACUUCUUGAAAUCAGCAGAUAAAAGCAAGAUGUCACUAGAGAUGUUCAUUAACCACAUGAAGAAUGAUAAAGUACUUAUGGGUAGAGGCAAGUACGAGUGGAAUAAUCAGUUUAGCCGAGUCGCUCAGCAAUUGUUUGGUGAUGUUGAUAUGAAUAAAGAUGGACUUUUCGAUGAGUCUGAUGUAAAACAAUUUGAUUCAAAUUCAAAGACGCUAAACGAAAAACUUGAAAAUCACGCCGCAGAACUCGAAGACUUGAUCGAAGACCAACAAGAACCGAACUUGAACACGAAAAACGAACAACCUGAAACUCGCGAUGAACUUUAGCAGUGUAACGUAACGCUCAAAUGUCACGUCAUUCAAGACUUUAAUAAUAGUGACUAGUUUUUAUAAGCUGGACCGACGCAGUGAAACGAAGGCUUCACUGAAAUAUUAUGCCCUUAAUAUUAUUUAACCGUUUUUUCUUCGAUAUUUUUGUAGUCACUCUAAUAGUCUCCUUCACGGUUAGCUUCGCCAUCUUGAAAGGUAGCCGUGCCUUUGCAUCGAAGCGAGACAACCGUUGAGCGUGCAAUGAUAGAAA